CACACACAUACAUAUAUAGAGUGGGAGUGGCAGCAUAACUCCCCACAAUUCAUCUCCAAGUUUCAAUCAUUCCCACACAGAAGAAAUUAAAGAGGGUGUGUAGAGAGAGAGAGAGAGAGAAGAUGGUUGAAGAGGAAUUCCGAAAGGGUCCUUGGACCGAACAAGAGGACUUCAAACUUGUGUCAUAUGUUGGCUUAUUUGGGGAUCGUAGAUGGGACUUUAUAGCUAAGGUUUCAGGUUUGAAUAGGACAGGUAAGAGUUGCAGGUUGCGAUGGGUUAAUUAUCUCCAUCCUGGUCUCAAACAUGGUAAGAUGUCUCCCCACGAACAACAACUUGUCAUGCACCUUCACUCCAAAUGGGGAAAUAGGUGGUCAAGAAUUGCAAGGAAGUUGCCAGGGCGAACAGACAAUGAGAUCAAGAACUUUUGGAGGACUCAGAUGAGGAAGCAGAAGGCACAGGAGAAGAAGCGUGCACCUGCAACCACCCAAUCAUCUCCAUCAUCUUCGUCUACGAGUUACCAGUCCUCAUCUUCUUCCAACAAGGAUAUUGGGGAAGAGAGCUUCUACGACACUGGAGGGCAUAAUGGUAAUAACAACAACAUCACUAACACGAUGGUGAAAGAAGAUGAUGGAAUAAUAAUUAAUAGUGAUAGUAACAAUGUUGUUGAUGAUGAUUACUCUAUGGAUGAUAUAUGGAAUGAUAUCGCCAUGUCUGAACAACACAACAACUUUAUUUCUUCUUCUUCUUCUUCUUCAGAACCACUGCCACUAUGGAUGAUCAUGGAUAAUCAAGAACAAGAACAAAGUAAAGUCUUAUUCCCUUCUUCCUAUGAACCACUCUUAACCACUUAAUUAGGAGGAUUCUUUUUUCUUUUUUCACAAAAAUUAAGUUCAUGUAUGUAUAAAUACGCGCCACGUGUCAGUCUUAUGGUGUGACACAGCUGUAAUCUAAUGGAUGGAUGAUGGAUCUGGAUCAUGCACCUUCACUACCUUAGUGUCGUGUCAGUGUUUGUAUGUUAAAUGUUCUCAUCAAUGUAAAAUAUCAACAGGCAAUGCAAAUUCAAGCUUUUAAUUUUAUAA